AUGGCAAUUCUACCCCCCGAUCCUGUGUUUUGUUUCAAAGGAGAUAUGGGAUAUAUUCACAACUUGAGUUUUUGCACUAGAGGGAACCAAUUUGUUUCUCACAUAUUAGCUGCUACUGAAAAGGGCAUUGUAUACUUCUGGGACCUGGAAACAAACAGACUUCAACACAAACAAGAAAUGGGUGGUUCCUUGCAGGCCAUAUAGGUCUAUAGAUUUUAGAAUCAUCACACAAGAAAAAACUGGCUCCAUCAACUUGUGGUCAGUAAAUGGUAGCAGCUAUGAGAUAACAGAUACCACCAAAUGUACUAGUGGCUACUGUAAGAGCAUUUUAGUGAAUGAAUCUUUAAUUGUUUCUGAUGAAAAAGGUACAGUAGAGAUUUUGGAUAUAAAUAAUCUGGAAAAAAUUGGUGUUUUGAAACCUGAUAUAUCAGCACAUGGGCAUAUAAUGGCACUGGAGAAAGUGAUGAUUGAUGAUAAAGUUUACAUAAUGGCUGGAUAUGAAACUGGCGACAUCAUAUUGUGGGACUUGAACACUUUCAAACCUUGUGGUCACUUAAAACUACAUGAACAAAUAACUUCGCUCACUUUCGAUCCGUGUACAAGAAGAGGGGUAUGUGGAAAUUCCUCAAAUUCCCUACAGAUGUUCACCAUUGACAAAGAUUUCAAUAUGUCUUUGAAGUUGGAGCUGUCGCUUACCAACGAAGGCUGCAACAUUGUCAAAUUGCGUCCGGAUAAAAAAAUUUUAGUAUCUGGAGGCUGGGAUGGAAGACUGAGAAUGUUCUCUUGGAAGACUCUAAGGAUAUUAGCUGUACUGGCAGAACAUAAAGGACCCAUAACAGAUGUACAAUUUUCACCACAUGUGGUGAAAUAUUGGAAUUCGAAUAUCAUGGCAGCCAGUGGAGCUGAUGGAAUCAUUAGUCUGUGGAGUUUGUACAAUUGA